CAUAAGACCCCAAGCGCACAUGACUUUUCACGUGAUCCGUCGUUGCUUUAUAAAGCCAUCAGCGUGCUCUUCUAAUGUUGUUUAUUGCCGCUCAGUGGAACUUUUGGGGAGUGAGACGCACAUUUCAAAUAAAACACGGCCAGCAGACCAAAGACAGAAUGUGGCGGCUGGCUUUCCUGUGUGUGAUCUCAGCCCUUUCAGUUAGCUGGGCUCGUCCUCGAUUUGCUCCUCUGUCCCGUGAGAUGGUCAAUUUCAUCAAUAAAGCAAACACUACUUGGAAGGCUGGACACAACUUCCAUGAUGUGGACUACAGCUAUGUGAAGCGGCUGUGUGGUACUUUACUGAAAGGACCCAGACUCCCUGUCAUGGUACAGUAUGCUGAUGACUUAAAGCUUCCCACUAACUUUGAUGCCAGAGAGCAGUGGCCCAACUGCCCCACUCUUAAAGAGAUCAGAGACCAGGGUUCUUGCGGCUCAUGCUGGGCAUUUGGGGCUGCUGAAGCCAUAUCUGACAGAGUAUGCAUCCACAGCAAUGCCAAAGUGAGUGUGGAGAUCUCCGCUCAGGACCUGCUUACCUGCUGUGACGGCUGUGGUAUGGGAUGUAAUGGUGGAUACCCUUCUGCUGCUUGGGACUUCUGGAGCUCAGAUGGUCUGGUCACCGGUGGCCUGUAUAACUCUCAUAUUGGCUGUCGUCCAUACACUAUUGAACCCUGUGAGCAUCAUGUGAAUGGCAGUCGCCCUCCUUGUACCGGAGAGGGUGGAGAUACUCCUAACUGUGAUAUGUCCUGUGAGCCUGGCUACAGCCCCUCUUACAAGCAGGACAAACACUUUGGAAAGACGUCCUAUAGUGUCCCAUCUAAUCAGAAGGACAUUAUGAAAGAGCUCUACAAGAAUGGCCCAGUAGAGGGAGCUUUCACUGUCUAUGAGGACUUCCUGUCAUAUAAAUCUGGUGUAUAUCAGCAUGUGAGUGGACCUGCACUAGGUGGUCAUGCCAUUAAGAUCCUGGGCUGGGGAGAAGAGAAUGGUGUCCCCUACUGGCUUGCUGCUAACUCCUGGAACACUGACUGGGGUGAUAAUGGAUAUUUCAAGAUUCUCCGAGGUGAGGACCACUGUGGCAUUGAAUCUGAAAUUGUGGCUGGAAUCCCACAGUAACCACCAAAAAACAAGGAGGGCUGAAAUGAGCACCCUGUUCAAAACGCAGACACUUAAUGUCUCCAACUUAAGCUGACUGUCAUCCCUUAUGGCCAUGUUACAUUGUUAAUCAGUGGAUUUUAUAUGAAAGUCUUUAGAUAGGGAUCAGGUACGUUUCAGAAUGGGUGUGACCUUUAUGUACCUCAAUGUUAACUAGUCCAGGUCAUUGGUGUCAGUUUUAGACCAGAGUCUAAAAUUUCAGCACAACUUGAUGCCUCAGCCAACUUUACUCAAUGUUUUUACUUUUUUAAAUGAGCUUAUCUAGGUUGUAUGGUUUUUACUUUUAUUUUGGUUUAACUUUUAAUGCACUGUCUAAAAUGUAAUAAAUAUUAAAACCAAA